CAUUCUUCUAUGUGUGCAUAUACAAAAAUAAUGAUAAAAUGAAAUCAAGGUUACUACCAAGUGGAGCUAAGUGGGCAAAUCAUUGUUAUAAAGAUUUUUCACUAGUCAAAAGUCAGGUACUUUAGUGUGUGUGUGCUUCAAAUACAACUCCAAUUAAUUUUGCCCUCCGAUGUAUAGAUAAAGAUCUAAAUCCAACACUAAUAUAUAACCAUGUGUGUAUUUAUUACGGUUACGGUGACGUGAUAGCACAUGUGACUAUGUGACUAAAAGCACGUUUAUUUUAUUUAAUAUUAUUUUAUUCUACUUAUUUUAUUGUCGUCAUAUAUGCCACCGGCAAUUAAUUAAGUACACUUCCAUCGGUAUCAGUACGAUAUUUACCUAGAAUUAAAGAGAAAUUACUCUAAAAUCCGGUUUGACAUCGCACAAAUGUGAGCACACACGGAUAUUUGUUUUUAUUUUUUUUUUUUUUUAUAUUUUUUUCGUUCUAUUCCCUUUCUUUUUUUUCUUUAACUUUAAACUAGCGCACGUGAAAGUAUCUUCAGUGAUUCGUUGGUCACAUAAAACGUGCGUUUGAUUUCUGAAACAGUUUUUUUAUCACGAGAAUAUGUUGUUGAUAGUUGGAAUUUUGUUGCUGGGACUAACAAUACCCACAGGGCAAGCGUGGCAAUUAAACUUGACCGCUUAUUCUAUCAAAUUACAUCUCGAUGAUGUAAUCCAAGUUCCAUUUGAAUUAGUAACUCCCACGAAUGUUGAUAUCACGACGCUAGAAUUUGUUGUCGAAAACUCGGAUCCGACUGUUGCGAGUGUUACUAAUCCGUGGGUCAAACCUGAAUUUUUACCUGUUGGUGGAGAACAUUAUAAUGGGACCCUUAAUGUAACGGGUGUCUUUCUCGGCAAGACUAAAAUUAUCCUCAAAGUUAUUGACCGUGGAGUAGUUUAUGAGCUAGAAAAAUUAGAAUUAAUUGUUAUACGUCCUGAACGCGUUAUAGAUAGAUUAUUUACUGGGAGUGUUAUAGCUCUCGUGUGUAUAUUGUAUAUUAAUUUUGGAUGUGCUAUGGACUGGAAAGUAUGCAGAGAGACAAUAAAAAGACCUAUCGGUCCAAUAAUUGGAUCAAUAUGUCAGUUUAUUUUAAUGCCACUGCUGGCAUUUGGUAUUGGAUAUGUAUUAUUCCCUGACAAACCAGAAAUGCAAUUAGGAAUAUUUUUCACGGGAAUCAGCCCCAGCGGUGGAGCAUCGAAUAUUUGGACUUUGCUUUUAGGUGGAAAUCUUCCACUUUCUAUCAGCAUGACAACUGUAUCAACUUUAGCUUCCUUCGGUACGAUGCCUUUAUGGAUAUUUACACUGGGUAAAUACAUUUUUGACAGGGGAAAUAUCAAGAUACCUUAUGGCAGAAUAGCCACUUCAGCUAUCGGUUUAGUAGUUCCCCUGUCAAUUGGAUUUAUAAUUCAACGCAAAUGCCCUAAAGUCUGUAAACUAAUGGUCAGGAUAAUGAAACCGUUCUCCGUUGUUUUAAUUUUAUUUAUUGUAAUUUUUGCAAUUGUCACAAAUUUGUAUUUAUUCAAACUAUUUUCCUGGCAGAUUAUACUCGCAGGAAUGGGUUUACCCUGGUUAGGAUUUCUUUGCGGUUUGAUUACGAUGCUGGUUUUCCGUCAACCGCAGCCUGAUGUUCGUGCUAUUGCCAUUGAAACAGGAAUUCAGAAUACUGGAAUUGCUAUUUUCCUUCUUAAAUCGGGUAUUGAACAGCCAACUGCUGACCUUACAACUGUGAUUCCUGUAUCGUGUGCCAUAAUGACACCGAUCCCACUGAUGAUCUUGUGGUUGAUAAAAAUAAUAUACGACCGUAAGAAAGACAGAUGUGAAAAAUCGUCAGACAAACUUCAAAACGAUGGAAUGCCUAUUGUUAUAUCAAACUUAUCGGCAAUACAAUCUGCGUGAGCGGCACUAUUACUUAGUAUAACUGUGGUAUUAGGGGUUUUUUUUUUAGCUAGAUAAGAUACGGUUCCUUAGGUAUAUUUUAGUUUAAAUAAUCCAGAAUACCCCCUUAAAUUUUAGUUAGGAGUGAAUAUACAUAAAAUACUCGGUAGACCUGAGUAAAAAUUAAGAUAUCAAGAAAAAUCAGCUUUAGUUUUUUUUUUUUCUUUUUUAUAGUCGAGGCUAAUGCGUGCAUAAAUACAUUUUCAAUCGAA